AUGCAGAAACCAUCUCCCGCAUCACGGAGGCCGAGAAAGAGAUUACGGGCGCUGACACCGCGGUCAAGGGUGGUCCUACCGCCAAAGCUCAGUCCCAUGCUGGCGAGACCAUCAACUCCCAAACCCUUGCAUGAUAUCACUGAGGGGGAAAAGAGGAUCACUGGUGGUGAGCGGAUAAAAGGCGGUCCCACCGCCACAGCUCAAAGCAUUCUGGCCCAGGAACGCAAUGAAACCUCUUCCGCCGUCUCUUCCGAACAACCCUCCAGCGGGACACUUGACAGCAACACAAUCUCCAAGAUUACUGCGGCUGAGAAAGAUAUUACUGGUUCCGAAACCCCGGUGUGGGACGGCCCGACUGCUCGAGCUCAGAAGCACGCCAAUGAACCUAUCAAUCAUGACACACUUCACGAUAUUACAGAGGGGGAGAAAAAGAUCACCGGGAAACAACGCCCAGUUGCUAGUGGACCUACCGCGACCGCUCAGAGCGAGCUGACGAACAGUCGAUCUUGA